AUGACGGACGCGGCACAGCUGCUGGGGGAUGCCACGGAUGUGUCGCAGUCGUCGGCGGUUGUGAUCCUCAACACCCUUGUAGAGGAGGGGCGGCUGCUCGAGGAGCGCUCUGACUACCUGAAGCAGAAGUUUAAAGAACUUCACAACCGUGUGCUGGCGAUAUACAAGCGGGACAACUUCCUGCUGAAGCGUGCUCGCCAGCUACGGAGGGAACUGGACUCCCAAAAGGAGCAAAUCGUGGCAAGGGGCAACAGUGCCGUGGAGGACGAUGCAGAGAUCCAGCGACUGAAGAAGCUGCUGCUAGACGCGGAGAAGGAGUUGUCGGAUGCCCAAGAGCGGGAAAGCAUUCUUCAGGUGGAGGUGCUGGAGUUUGACCGGAAGAAGCACACCAUGCUGCUUGAGCGCGAGGACGCCCUCGCCGCCGAAGAGGCGCGUUUGCUCCCCCGCAUGGAGGCCAUUCGGGCGGAGAUGGCUGCGCUUGGGAAGGAGAUUGAGGAGAUGACGACGGAGAUGCAAACCAUUGGCUCAAAGCGCGACGAAACACUGCUGCAGGAGGCGGAGUGCAAGGAACAGUUGACGCACUGGAACACAAUCAUGGCGGAUGCCGCAAAACAGUUCUCUAAUGUCGAGAAAGCCCCUGAGCGCGCACUUAGACAGACGGAGCUGGUCGUAAAAACUUACGAGGCCGCCCGGAUGGAAAUGCAUGCCCUCGAUGAGCGACUCCAGGUUCAAAGCGACAUGAUUGCAAAACUUGAACUGAAGAAAAAUACACGUAGCACGGAUUAUGCCCAGGCGCUGGCUAAUUUACAGAAACUUAGGGCGCAGUUAGACUCCAAACGCUCCACACUUGCGACCCUGAACACCUCACUAGAAAUGGAGCUGGAGGCACGUCAAGGGUAUCAGCAACGCAUUGCGCAGCUGGAACAGCUAAUCAAGACCACAAACAUCGCGCAGGACAAAGAGGCUGGGGAGUUGGAGCACGUGCGUCGUGAAAAAGAACGCGUAGGCAUGGAGUACUUGGAGUUGGAGCAUGUAGUUGCCAAUAUUAUUAGGGAGAAGAAUGGAAUCAAGGAAAAUAUUGCGGACGCCAAAAAAAAGAUGGAGCGGGUACAAGCCAAACGCAAGCAUAAUCUUCAACGCCUUGAAGAGGCUCAGCGAGAGCUGGACCAGCGAAAUCGAGCGUUUCUAAAGGAACAGGGCCGUGAGCAGGAGUUUGUCGCCAAGGCAGAGGCUGUACAGGAAGACAUCGCGGCCAUCAAGAGCGAGAUUGCAGAGCGCGUCUCACAGGAGGAAGUAAAACGUCGAGAGACCCAAACACUGGUUGUUCGGCGGCAGGAACUCAACCGAGAUUGCGGAAGGGAGAAGAGCCGAAUAAAAAUGGGAAAGAAUGAGCUGCGUAUGAAGGGGAUGUACGUGGCUGAUGUGCGUAAGCGGAAAGAAGAGUUGGAGCAGCGCUUAAGCAACAUGAUUGAAGUAUUUCAGAAGGUGAAGGCGGAGCGUAGUCACAAGGCGGCGCAAAUUCAAGCUAUCACGCAGAAAAUGACCGAAAUGUCUGAGAAGAAGACAAUCCUUGAAAACGAACUUGUCGUCCUUUGCCGUGAGUCGGCGCUCAAGGAAACGGAAUUGGCAAAGAAGAAGCGUCAUUUGCAGGAACUUCGUCAGCUGUGUAAAAAUCUUCGCAUGGAGAAAAAUAAGCAUCGCAAGAGCCUAGAGAAGGUGUGUGAUGACGAACGCAAUGUCAAGAAUCAGGUGCGACGCGUAAAUGCGCAGAUUGCGGACCUCGAAGUGGAGAUGGAGGAUGUGAAGCAGGAGAUACCAUGA